CUUCCAUGUCAUAUGAAAAUACUUUUUCCAAAGUUUGAAAGCGUUUCUUAAGAGCAGCCAGCAGCAUAUUGCGAUUUCCCUCCUCUCCUUUUCAACAACAAAGCAAAGUUCCACCCUCCCUCCCUCUCUCUCUCUUUUCUCUUCUCUUAAAAAAAAAAAAAGUUUUGAGAAUUUCACUUUUCUAUUCACAGCAGCCCUGGCCAAAGUAAAGCCCUCUUUUACAUUGACGUCAAGAUCUUUACCAAGAUUAGGGUUUCAUUUCUGUAUUGCAGCAAUUAGCCAGGGAAUGUAUAAAAGGCUUCAGGGAAGCAGGCUAGGACUCCAGAGGGAAAGCACUUUGCACCACAGACAGAUAGCGAGAGAGAGGAGGGAGACAGGGGCACACGGAGAGAGGAACAGAAAGUUUGUGUACAAAGACCUUAAAAAAAAAAAAAGUAGCGUUGCACCUGGUAACACCGGUGACACAGAAAUUAGAGGUCUGCUUAGUGCUUAAAUAGCUGAGAAACAAUGGGACAGGAGAGGAAAGUGAACGAUCUCUGCUUAAAUUGUAUAACUGCAGGGAAGUGGAAGCACAGCUGUCUCUGUCUUUAACGGGCUCAAAAGGGCUAUUGCAUAAGGGAAACAUUUUAGUCUCUGAAAAAGGAAAAGCAGCUCAGAACUGAAUGAAUUUCACGCUGAGUUAUGGUUUUGACCAGCUUGAGUAUAUUUAAUCAUCCCUGCGGCCGCUGAGAGAAAGAGGCGGGAGGUGGAGGGGGCUGAUGAGUUUUUAAAAAAUGCCUUUGAUUUUAUUUUAUCUUAUUUUUUAAAUGAGUGUUCAGGGCAAACAAGGGAGCUGAAGGGAACCCGUUGGGGAGCAGCAGCAGGGAAGAUGGGUCUGUUAAGCGUGGAUUUGCUGAUCGCGCUUCAGAUCUUGCCGGUUUUUUUCUCCAAUUGCCUCUUUCUUGCACUCUACGACUCUGUGAUCCUCUUGAAGCACAUGGUGCUGCUGCUGAGUCGGUCUAAAGCGGCGCGUGGCGAGUGGCGAAGAAUGCUGACCUCGGAGGGGCUCCGCUGCGUCUGGAAUAGCUUCCUUCUGGAUGCCUACAAACAGGUGAAAUUGGGAGGAGAAGCCCCAAACUCCAAUGUGAUCCACAUAGCUAAUGGCUGCAGCAGCAGCAGUAUCAGAAGGAAAAGUGUUGGCGGGAAAUAUGGAACCAAGUGCCACCUUCUGGACUUUGUCAAUUCAGAGCGCCCGCUGGUGGUUAACUUUGGUUCAGCCACCUGACCCCCAUUCACGAGCCAGCUGUCGGCCUUCGGCAAGCUGGUGGAGGAGUUCUCAGGUGUGGCUGAUUUCCUGUUGGUCUACAUUGAUGAGGCUCACCCAUCGGAUGGCUGGGCCGCCCCUGGGAUCUCUUCCUCCUCAUUUGAGGUGAGGAAACACAGGAACCAGGAAGACCGAUGUGCUGCCGCUCACCAGCUUCUGGAACGGUUUUCCUUGCCACCCCAGUGCCAAGUGGUAGCUGACUGCAUGGACAAUAAUGCCAAUGUGGCCUAUGGGGUCUCCUUCGAGCGAGUGUGCAUUGUGCAGAGACAGAAAAUUGCCUACCUGGGGGGCAAGGGCCCCUUUUUCUACAACCUCCAGGAAGUCCGGCUUUGGCUGGAGCAAAACUUCAGCAAGAGAUGAAAUCCAGCCUAAGAUGAGCGAAGUGUGUCAAGAGCCUUGCCCCUUUAAAGUGAUAUAAAAGGGAAAAAAACACACAGUUUUACAAUAGGUCUUUUUGGGCCUGUUGCAGGAGAACAGGUUCAAUAAUAAGGUCAAAUGAAUGCAAGCUAGGAAAAAAAAAAAUAAACCCAGCACAUAAAAAGAGAAUUGUGUGAGACAACCCUACUCCUGCCUUGUUAACAGGACAGAAAAGGCCACUGUGAAAAGUGCUGGUGCUGAGCAUGAAAGGUGGUGGGAUGAGAUUUCUCUCCCACCCUUUUCACAACAUGUUGACUUUAGGUUGAGAAGAAAGCAUUGCUUCCUGGAAGGCGAUUCUGCGGAGAGGCAACCUCAUGUAUUUGAUCAGGGACCAUCUCAUUUUUCCAUUGAGACCUGUGUAGGCAGCUUGCCAGCAGCCUGAGACCUUCAAUUAAUUUGCAAAAAAUGGAGUGGAUUAUGGCUGCCUUCCUGUUUUGAUACAGAAGUAUGACCCAGCAGAGAGUGCAAGAUCCACCAUGCAGUGCAAACUGCCUGCUCAGUACAAGAUGAAACAUUGUAUGUGGUUCUUGGUACUCUCUACAGGUAGCUUCUCUCAGUUGUGUGUGUGUACAGUACACACACACAUACACACACUCUUAGGCCUCUGUAUGUUAACAAUUAAAUUGGCAGCAGGCCACACCAUAAAACUCCAUAGGCUGCAUUUGGUUCUCAGGCUGCACAUUGGUCACCACUGUGAGAGAGAGAGUGAAGGAAAGAGGUGAUGGGUGGGGGGGAGAAGAAGGAUACAGAGGAAAGAGGCUGCAAGAUCCUAAGAUCAAAGGAGUGAGGGAGAAAGAAACAGAGAUUGUGUAAUAAAACUAUAACUUUUGCCUUUGAAAAUUCAGAAAGUGGGAUGGUUUGUCACGAACACACACACACAUAUAUACACACGCAUAGUUCAUGCCCAGGGCAAGAAAGAAGAGUUCAGCUGAUGCCAGCCUUCAAUAUGUGGAACUGAAAAAAUGUAUUUAUCAGUGCUUUCUUCUUUUUCUUUCUUAAACAGAAACAGCAGAGAGAGAGAAUUAGGGGUUAUUUUGCGUUUAUUUUAGUAAAAGUAAUUUAUUUCUUUUGACAUAGCAGGCAUAUUUUUGAGCAGGGGGGACUUACACACCAGUUUACCUCAUUGGAAUUGAAACCUGUCCAGUUGAUUACCCUGUUAAAGUGCUCAAGUUAAUUUUUGCUAUCCUAAAUGCCUGCAUUUAGUUUACAGCCAUAUUAGUUCAUUGGAAAGUUAAACAGUCUUUAGCCUCAGUAACUGCAAUUCUGUUGGGCAGGAUAGCAUUUUGUUCAUGUUUCUUUCUUCUUCUCAGAAGCCUUUCGGGAAAAAAAAAAAAACCCACCACGCUGGUCUCACAGUCACCACCUUAUUUCUCUGAAGAGGUUAAGGAUGAACUGAGUGAAUUAUCAAGAACAAUUGUAACAAAUGGCUGGGUUUCUCAAGAAUGGCUGAGGGGAAUAUUCCGAAGUAUAUUUAAAGAGACACUGUCAACUUAGUCUAGGCCUUAAAUAUGUUGAGGUUUUGUAAAAAAUUAAAGGAUUUUACAAAACCUAACACAUGCUUCCAUUGUGCUAGUACAUGAAAACUGGGAAGUGAAACUGACUAAUUACAAGAGUGAACCUGACCAGCCUAGUUUCACAGUCCAAGCUGAGAGAAAUGCAAAAGAAGCAAACAGCAUAAAGUGGGGAAAAUUAAAGAAGAAUAUUAAAUCUCGUACCCUGCCAAUCAUCUGAGAUGUUAGUACAAAUACAGGGAUGAACUGAAAAAAAAAAAAAGAGAAAUUUCUAUUUUACAGUGUCCCUUUAAUCACACAUGGCAUAUUUCCUUUUGUUUUGGUGUGAGUCAAUUCAGCUAAUUCACAUGGCAUUUUUUAAAAAAUCUGGCUCUUUGAAGCACAGACAUGACAUUUUGACAGCUGUGUGAGUGUGAUUUCUUAUGCAUCCAGGUUCAUGCCUCCCCCUGGAUGCAUACACAAACCUUGGUAACGCAUCCCAGAGAAACUGGCGGGGAAUGGACUUCAGAGAGCCAAGUUCAGCUGGGUGGACGGAAAAGCAUGGUACUCCUGUAUUUCAAGAUUUCAUAACUGCUCUAAGUAAUUUGUGAUGAGGGGGGGUAAAAGGGAAGAUGACAUACACCGUUGUCGUCUUUAGGGUGGGCCAAGGGUAUUUAGUAAGAGGUAAGAAGAAAAAAAUGAAUAAUGGAAAAUGUAGGCUGAAUAUUCAUCUCCUCCAAUGUCCACCUUCUGGUAUCGAAGCCUGACUUUUCAGACCAUUCAGUGAAGUGGUCAUGACUUACCAAUUAUUACGGUAGAUUGCUACACAUUUGUAUGACUGUGUGGGAGAGCCACCUUAAACCUAUGAACACAGAAACAUAGGAAUUUCCUACUGGAUCAGAUAACUAGUUCAUCUAGUGCAGUAUCCUAUCUCCAAUAGCGUCCAGAUGCUUUAAAAGAAGGUGCAAGAAUCCCUAUGCUGGACCAUUCUGAAGUAACCUGUCCACAGGAGUUACUUGUUCGUAACCACAGACAGUUAAUGAUUGGCUUGUGCCCUUAUAAGUUUUAUCCUUCCUAGUAAAAAAAAAAAGAGGAGUCCUUGUGGCAUCCAAAUACAUGUGUUAGUCUCUAAGGUGCCACAAGGACUACUCAUUCUUUUUGCUGAUACAGACUAACAUGGCUACCAUUCUGAAACCUGUCAUCCUUUCGAGUGUGACUGCAGAUGUCCUCAUUAUCCAUAUAUAUGCCCAGUCCUUUUUGGGAAUUCUAUGAAGAAUUUGAGCUCAAUUAUGUCUUGUGGCAGUGAACCGGAUGAUCAAAAUACAUCCUGUGUUUUAUUUUGCUUUAAAUCCUUUUAUCAAAUUUGUUGCCUUUCAAUUUAAUUGAAUUUCCCCUUGAUCUUGUAUUAUGAGACAGAGUAAAUAGGGGCACCCAAUUUUCCUUCUGUGUGCCAUUUAUUAUUUUGUAUACUUUUGAUGCAAGUCUUAUUUGUGUCCUUUUUAAACAAAACAAGCCUAAUCUUUCAAUUCCCUCAUAUGGGUCCAUAUCUCUUAUCAUUUCCUCCCAUUUCUGGACUCCUUCUGUUUUUGCUUAACUAUACCUUUUUCAGGUAGCGGUGACCAGAGCUGAAAAUAGUAUUCCAGAUGAAGACAUGCAGUGGGUAUAUAUAAUAAUGUAAUAUUUUCAAUGUUAUUUUCUAUCCCAUUCUUCAGAUAUCAUUCCAUAACUGCUUCAGGCUAUAACCCGAUGUGCCUUGUAAAGCUUAAACUUUUCUUUCUUUCUUUCUUUCUUUCUUUCUUCAAUCUGGGGCUUUUAGCAUUGUCUAUGUUGUCUGUCUGUGAAAUGCCAACCCAAGUGUCUAAUAUGACUGUUGAAACAUAUCUUAAAAUCACAAGAAGGAGUCUGAAUUAAUAACUCUAAUACUCCUUUGCAUAGCUAAAGUCACCGUAAUUUUGCAUAGCUUUUUUUCUCCUUUUUGGAUUUCUACUAUUUUGUCACUCUCUCAUGUGCAGUAUCUUGUUAUUCAUAGAUGGGUUUUCAUUGCACAGCAAGGAGAUUAUAAAACUGGCUUCUGUAAAUAGACAAUCCUCAAGGAUCAGAACUUUCUUUCUUGGCAACAUGAAUUUCUGACCCUGGCCAAAAUGCAAAGAUGCUGGCAACCUCUGUGGUUAUCAUUACAGGGAUACAUUUUGUAAAUUGGUUUGAUCCCUCCAGAAGACAUAUGGCCAAACAGCAGAGGGGGAUAUUUUCAAUAGAAAAUAAAUGAGCUAAAGAGAAGAAGGUGUUUUCUUUUUUAUAAGUGAUUAAUAGAAACAUUGAAUACAAUUCCUUUAAUUUUUUGGUGAUAUAAAAGGGCACAACUUUUAGAAAAGGUUUAAAAAUUGAUGAAAUAAUGUCACCAUUAAUGAUACAAAUAGACACAUAUGGGUAAGAUUAACUUCUGAAGUUAUGUUAGCAGGAUUAAAAAAAAUUAAAAGUCAUUAGGCUGUAAACUGAUUGCUAGGUAGAGUCAGGAAGGAAUUUUGUUACUAACUUGGGAUAAUUGGCAUAAUUAUGCAUAAUUGGCCAGGUGCAUUGUGAGGUUGGGUUUACCUUUGUCUGUACCUUUAAACAAGGCAUCUGCUGGACCAGAAUAACUAUUGUUUAUUCCAGUAUGGCAAAUCUUACAUUCUGAAGUUGAAUAGAAUUCACAGAAGAGGCUGGAGCCUGAAAAUAUUCCAGAAAGUCACUGCACAGAAUAGGGAAUUCAGUGCUAUCUCUUGACAGUAGCUGGGGAUUGUUAACUGUUUUAAAAAAUAUCCUAGCAUGCCUGCAGAGUCACUUUGGACCUGAUUCUCAACAGACGUUUGCCUUGUAUCAUUGCAAAAUAAGUGUAAGUGACACCACCAGAAUGAUAGCUUUUUGCUCCUCCUUUGUACUUGUGUAAAUGAUGACACAAGGUGAAAGGCAGUGGAGGAUCAGGCCCGGCACAUUUAAAAAGGAAAAAUGCAUGGCAAAAUGUAUGUCACUGAACAGCUGCGCUAAGGACUUCGAAAGGCUAAAGGCGAUUAUUCUUCUGAAGGUUGUCUAGAUGGAGAAAUCCACGAAGCUUCUUAAAAAUGUCUCAGUGGUGUGUGUGAGAUCUUUAUAUGUUGUUGGGUGUAGGAUUAAGAUUUUUAACACAUUCAGUACUAUAACCAAAGCAAUAAAAGAGGUAUCAGGUAGGGAAUAAUGGCCAGUUUUGUUCGACUCUACACCAUAUCAAUGCACGACCCAUAUGCAGCAAACUACAGGCCUGAAUUCUGGGCUGUACAGAUGGGGGAUGAAGGCAAGGUAGGGAUGCUAGUGUGCUCAUGAAGACCGCUAACAAAAGAGUAACUAACUCCGUUGGCGUUCAGAUGCCAUCACACUGGUAUUUCUUUCUGCGUUUUGCUGUCUCUGUUUGGAGGGUCUGCUUGAUGUCCAUUCAUUUGAGUGCUGUGGGUAGAGACGUGUUUGUGUGUGCAUCAUUGUUUAGAUGUCAGAAAUAUACUUCAUAGGAGAACCAGCAAAAAUGUGUUAUAAUAUUGGUGCUCUGUGGAAUGUGUGCUUUUUAGAUUUGUUUUUUUUUCUUGUAUUUUAAUAAAAUCUAAAGGCAAAAAUA